AUGGCAAACUUACAAUUCUGUUAUAACAAGGGAUGCGCUCAGAAGUUCGAUCCAGAAGAGAAUUCGGAAGAUUCGUGCCAUUACCAUCCUGGAGAGCCAAUCUUUCAUGAUGCCAAGAAAAAGUGGUCCUGUUGUAAUAAGUACAGCACAGACUUUUCUGAGUUUCUAAGCAUAAAGGGAUGCGCUGUAGGGAAGCAUAACAGUGUCCCUCCAGAUAACACUGUCAAAGAAAAGAAAUCUGAUCUUCCAACUAAACCUAUUCCUACACCUACUGUAAUAUCAAAACCCGUUGUAUCCCAAAGACCAUCAAGUACCGAGCCCACAUGUGAUCUUCCAAUCGAAGUUGCAUCAAAUCUUAAGUCAGCUCUGGAAGAAUUAUCACUAGAUCCAUCCUUCAAACCAUUACAGAAUUCUACAAUAGAAAAUAAUAAUAAAGGUAGUCCUUCAAUUGGUACAAAUUGCAAGAACACUGCAUGCAAACAGGUUUAUACAGGAACAGAUUCAGAUAGUGGACUCUGUCUAUAUCAUCCCGGUGUGGCUGUAUUUCACGAAGGACUGAAGUAUUGGACUUGUUGUAAUCAGAAAACUAGUGAUUUCGAAGCAUUCCUUAAACAAAUCGGGUGUACUACAGGUCAUCAUAAUUGGACAGUGGAAGAUGCAAAAUCUACAAAUGCAACAUUAACUCUUCAACCAAAUACAAAUUGUCGUUUUGAUUGGUAUCAAUUUGGUGGUUGUGUUACAUUAGAUAUUUAUGCUAAAAAUAUAUGGCCUGAAACUGUUUCUAUUAAAGUUAAUCAAAUAGUAUUACAUGUUUCAUUGAAAUUUGGUUUAGAUUAUCAAACAUUUGAAAGAGAUUUCAAUUUAUACGGUUCUAUAGAUCCAAAACAAUCUGUUGUUAAAUUAAUGCCAUUAAAAGCUGAAAUAAUAUUGAAAAAAGCUGAACCAAUAUCAUGGCCUACACUUGAAUGUAAACUAUUAGAUAAUAAUAAAGCAAAUAUGAAUGACAAUGAAGAAACAAUAGAGAACAAUUUAAAAUAA